GUUGAAUGGCGCUGGAGUUCCGUGGCUCGACUGCACAAAUUGUGUCCAGUCGACUCGGCCUUUGACACCCCGCUGGCGAUGCCCAACCGGGCCAGCGGACAGCCGGAAGAAGAGGUGGCCGGAGCACUGCAGACCCUUCCGGCAGACGCAGCCGGGUCACUUUUCUUCCCCGACCUGGAGACGGACAUCUGCCUCGACCCGACCGAGGACUCGUGCUCUGACAACUGGGAGUUGGUGAGCUACUCGCACUUCUCUGGCCUCACGUCUUCUGCGCCCGAGUUGCCCGUCAACUCGUUUUGGCCGGCCGAGCACAAGUCCCUCGACGAGGAUCUCCAGAUGAUCUGCGGCGGCUGCCUUGAGAUGAUCGAGGAUGUGCCGACGUGCGCGGAAACUGCCGGCACGAAGGUCUCCUUGGCCGCCUGCGCCUGGUUACAGGCGAUGCCGUGUCGCCAUCUCCUCUGCCUCCGCUGCUGGCAACUACAUGCACUGGCUAGUCUGGCCGAGGUCUGCACCGUCACCGGCCCGACCGAUCGGAUCCGCGCGCCCGCAUGUCCCGUCCUCGACUGUUCCGGCCGACUCGGCUUGGCCAGUUGGCUGCGUCUGGUACCGUUGCACCGGAUCGUCGGUCUCCUGAGGGCCGCCGACGUGCUGGCGCACUGCCGACAUGUCCUGCAAUCGCCGCAGUCUUCGAGCCUAGGCCACUGCGGCUCGCCUACCGGAGGCCAGUGCUUCUUCACCUGCCCCGACGCUGCUUGCAGCCGCGUCUUCUUAGUCGACCUCCCGAUAGACGACGCCCACUGUCCGGCGACUAUUCAGCCUCCAUCCGGAAUCUUAUGCCCAGACAGAAGGCAUCUCAACAAAGAGAUCGGCUGGAUAGCCAAUCUGGUGUGCCCACUCCAAGGACUCUACUCAGCCUCUUGGAGCGAUUCCCUUGUAGGCAACCGAUACUUUCCUCUUUCAUACCAAAUUAUGCAGCCUUGCGUUGUUUAG